AUGAAGGAAGAAGCCUCCAGGGACACCCCAGAAGGCUCGACUGCCGGCGACGACCCGUCGAACUCGAAAGCGAAUCUCGCUUCCAAAGACCGCAAAUGCCAGUACUGCCAACAAUCCUUCACUUCCUCGUCCCUAGGUCGACACCUCGACCAAUUCCUCUUCAAGAAGAAACCCGAUGGUAUCCACGAUGUUGAAGAGAUCCGCCGAAUCCGCAGUGGUAUCACACGUCGCCAGGCCCGUACAUCUUCAGGGAAGCACGAGACUAGCCCCGAAAGAGGCCAGAAAAAGACCCCGUCGGACUCAUACGCACCAGCCGACACGGGGUCGAAGUCGCGGGAUGCUCCGGUGCGCAUGAUGUUUAACACACCCACCUGGCAUGCAACUGGGGUGAUCAAUGAUAUUCCCAACCCCAGUCGCAUGCCAGAUGGGCCUCGAAUUGCGCCGUCGCAAUCUGGUGCUGGGUCGUUACAGCUGCCAGACUACGCGAGCAGAGGCGCUGGUUCCAGCAAACCAGAUACAAUGCGAGCGCUAGAGCUGGCGCUGCGCGAAGUUCUCGAUAAUAUCAAAGCUGCGACCUCUCGUACACGGCCUCGCCUGUCACCGUUCGAUUUCGAGAUUCAAGCUCAAACCUUCCCCUCCCUAUGCCUGCAGUUACUCACUCCCCCACCAAGCUUGUUUGCGCCGCAACCAUUUUCAUCCUCGGGCUCAUUCCCACUUCAGGCUCCCGGUGCCGAGCACCGCGAUAUUGUGCGCCAGGCGCUCCGUUCCAAGGUUGCACAAUGGCAGACCGAACAAAUCUCCGCGGACUCUCAAGCGAAACACCGCCAUAGCGGGACGGAUCAGAGCAUGAUAUACCGCAACGCGCAGCAGCACGAGGAGAUGAGCCUCCGACACUUGGAUUUAGCCUUCAACCAUUGGAACUCCCUUACCUACGAGACCCGUCGCGAUACGUGGCAGCUCGAAAUCAUGCGCGCAUUCGCCCGGGAGGCAGAAAAGCGGAAAUUUGGGGAUGACCAACUUGCCCGCGUACAACAGGAAGCAAAUCAGCUUCGUGCGCAAGUCGAGCGCCUUGGAUCAUGCCAGUGGCCUCGGGAGUUCGCGCUAUUCCCUCCAGACACACUUCCCCUGCCACGGGAAGUAGCGCGGGAACUAGAUUCCCAAGACAGCCAAAUCAGUGCGGACUCGACAAGAUGGGACUAUGACAGCGUACUCGCAAAAUGGAAACGCGUCGUCAUGCACGAUAAAGGCAUGGGCCGGAUCGGCGUUGGCCAUGGUAACCCCAGCCCGCUGAUGGACGCAGACCAAGGCCAGCCACAGCCUGGGCAAAGUCCCGACUUUCGCCCACCGCGCCAUGGUGAGGAUACAUCCUCUCACCCAAACCGCUUGCGUCCCUUGCAAUCCGCUGCCGCUAUGAGCCCAGACGUUGGCGCUGCUUCUACACCUGCCUCGUCCACCAACUAUGCUUCCCCGCACUCUUAUGCAGAUCCUCGUAGCCCACCCAGCGGGCUGCCACAGGCCAAACGCCCGCGACUUAUGAACGGCUCGGAAGGCCCACCGGGGUCGUCGAUCGAACCUGGCCCUUCUCCUGCGCCGGGAUCUGCAAUCGGUAAACCCUGGGGACCUUCCACACCUCAUCUUUCCAAUAUUGCUGCGCCAUCGGGACAAAGGCCUCCUACAUCUAUGAGCUGA